CCGUAAUGAAUAAAUAAUAAUGCAUGACGUCGUUUUGAAGGUUUGCGGCGUUUGCCCGAUUCAUGGAGCAUACCAACAGGAGAGGCUACGCAUGGGCCGUCUCGGCCGGACUCAACGCUGCUCUCGCUGCCAUUUCCGCCAAGUUCUUCUCAUCUCUGCUCAUCAAAUAUGCUUUGGUGGUAUUGCUUAAUGUGACAAUGUGGGGAUGUUACAUAAACAGCCUUAAAGCUCUUUCUUCUCUACAAGCUACCGUGACGAAUUUUGCUACUAACUUCCUCACUUCUGGUCUAGCUGGAUUCUUUUUGUUUGAUGAAGCUUUACCGUUUAAGUGGUUUGCAGGCGCAUUCCUGAUUGUAGUUGGUGUGCUUAUACUCAGUAAGUCGAGUAUAGAAAGGAAGGAGAGGGUAGAUUGAAGAUGGAUUCUGCAUUUGGAAAAACUCAUUCAAUCUGAUAUUUGGCUGUAGCUGCCUACCAUCAGUUUGUGUAGCUUGUCCGGCUGCCAUCAAUUGUUGAGUCCUCAUUCUUCAACAUGAAGCAAUUGAUUCUGUGCAAGUGCUAAACAAAUUGGACGGGAUUGGAUUUUCUGCACAUCUGUUUUUGGUUUUCUUGAUCCACGUUUACUGCUCCUAAGACUUGUUAUUAGCAUCAGGGAACCUUAUUCAUGACCUAUUUAGAAUAAUUAAAAUUUUAAAAUGGCAAAAGAUGUUUUUUUUUUGGGUAUU